GAAAAUCCAGAGAUAAUGCUCCAAUCCUAGGGCCGGUGCUUUGUCAGAGGAAAAAAAAGAGAGGAAAAAGCCUCCUCCCCUUCCGCCUCCGGGCUCCUCUCACGUCAGGGUCUCAGGGACACCAUUGGGCCGCCGAACCCUCUCUUCUCCGGCGCCGACCCGUACAAGCCCCCCCUCCCCCCGGUCUUCCUCCCACCGAAGCGCGACGCACCGAAUUGUUCUUUCUUCUCCUCCUUCUCCCCCUCCUGCCCGCUUCUGGAUUGGCGUGAAGCGGACGGGAGAUCCAUCCAGCUCGAUUUCUCUCGUUGGUAGCUGCGGAUUUGUUUGCCACCCGGUGCUAAUCCAAUCCAUCAGUGGGUGGAUUGGGUUCUUGGAGAUCUUGGUGGGGGAUGUUCUGCUCGUAGCAGCUUAUUUCCCAGAAACUUUUGGGGGUUCAACGCCGCCCCUGCCAUGGAAUCAGGCGAUACCAAUUUUGAUGCAUCACAGUAUGCUUUCUUCGGCACCAAUGUGGUGGAGGAGGUCGAGCUAGGUGGAUUGGAUGAUGAUGAUGGUGGUGGUGAUGCUGGAUUUUUAGCGCCUGGUGAUGAAGAGUACCCUCCUUAUGGAAGGGAUAGUAUGUUAGAGGAUGAAGGUGUAGGUUCAUUUAUUGAUGUUGAUGAUCUUGCUGGAACAUUCUCGAAGCUGACCAGAAUUGUUAAUGGACCAAAGCAGCCAGGAAUAGUUAGUCACAGGGGACCUGUUUCUAGACAAAGUUCUAAUGCAGACUGGGUGAAUGAGUCUGGAUCUUCAUAUUGGCCUACGCAGCCUGUAUUGGACACUGAACAAGGGCUGGAUAAGAAGAAUUGGUGGUCUCAAUCACCCCAUUCAGCCAACUUCGUUGAUUCUAGACUGCACAGGACAUCCUCAUCCCCACAGCAAGAUGCUCAGUACAAUCCUAUGGAACCUAUUCUUGGAGCAAAGCCAUCUCCUUUGCACAGAACGUCAUCAUACCCCCAACAAGAGCCUCAAUACAGUAAUACUGAACCAAUUCCUGUGCCUAAAUCAUCAUUCAUUUCGUACCCUCCAUCUGGUGCAGAAUCUCAUUCUUCACCUGGUCAGCCACAUCAUAUGAACAUGCUGUCUCCUUCCACUGCAUUCCAGAUGCCUAUGUCCGCACAAAAUGAUCUACCCCUUCCCCAGUUCCCUCAUGGAGGUACGCCACCGGGACCACUAUUUGGUAGGGACCUGGCUCAUAUGGGUUCAAUGGGCGUGGCAACUAAAAAUGUGCAACAAAAUCAUGUUUUAAAUAGUACACCAAUGCGUGGGAACGGUGCCAGGUUUAUGCCGGGUUUGAUGCAGCAUCAGUUGCAGCGUCCAAAUGGAUUGAUGCCACCGCCUCGUCAACAACAUGGAAUGCUGCCAAUUCAACAGUCUCCACCACAUUUCUCACAACUACAUGCACAGAUGCUUGGUCCCCAGCAUUCCCCACCACAAAACAUGCAAAUGUUUGGUCCUCAGCAUUCCCCACCACAAAACAUGCAAAUGUUUGGUCCUCAGCAUUCUCCAUCACAAAUGAUGAGUAGAUUUGAUGUGAAUUUCACUAUGCCUGACUUGAGUGAUCCAAGAGCAAGAUCAAUGUUACACCAUGGAAGGCAGGGGCAACGAUAUCCUCAUCAAGGUUACGAGCUUAGUAAUAUGAGGAUGGAUAAUGGGUGGCCACGGUUCAGAUCCAAGUACAUGUCCACUGAAGAAAUUGAGAACAUUGCAAGGAUGCAGAAGGCCGCCACCCACAUCAAUGAUCCGUAUAUUGAUGAUUACUACCAUCAAGCUUGUUUGGCUAAAAAAACAGCAGGUGCACAACUAAAGCACCACUUCUGUCCAACCUUGAUUAGAGAUCCAUCUUCCCGUGCACACAGUAAGGAUGAGCCACAUGCAUAUCUCCAAGUUGAUGCUCUUGGGAGGCUCCCAUUUUCUUCGAUCCGCAGGCCUCGUCCGCUUCUUGAUGUUGAACAAGCCUCUGCACCAAGUGAUAACACGGAAAAAUCUGUGUCAAAGCCUCUUGACCAAGAGCCUAUGCUGGCUGCUAGGAUUACAAUUGAAGAUGGACUUUGUCUACUACUUGAUGUAGAUGAUAUUGAUCGCUUACUGCAAUUUAGCCACCAGCAAGAUGGUGGUUUGCAACUGAGAAACAGAAGACAGACCCUCCUCGAGAAACUGGCAGAAUCACUUCAGUUAGUUGAUCCACUUGCCCCUAAUAAGAAUGCACCUAUGUCUUCAAAUGAUGAUCUGGUGUUUCUCCGGAUAGUUACUCUACCGAAGGGUCGAAAACUACUUUCUCGUUACCUUGAACUUGUGACUUCUGGCAGUGAACUUGCAAGGAUAGCAUGCAUGGCAGUCUUCCGGCAUCUAAGAUUUAUAUUUGGUACUAUGCCCUCGGAUAUCAGCACAGCUGAGGCAAUAACUAAACUCGCGAAUGCUAUAUCCACCUGCGUUCUUCGGAUGGAGUUGAGUGAUCUCAGUGCUUGCCUUGCAGCUAUUGUGUGUUCGUCAUUGCAACCACCUCUUCGACCCCUUGGAUCCCCUGCAGGUGAUUGGGCUUCUGUCAUAAUAAAGUCUGUACUGGACAGAGCAACAGAGCUGCUCACUGAUCAGCAUGUGGCUUCAACCUACAGCAUGCAGAACCGAGCUCUAUGGCAGGCAUCAUUUGAUGCCUUCUUCGGGCUGCUUACACGGUACUGCAUGAGUAAAUUUGAUAGUGCGGUUCAUACUGCGCAAUUGCAACCUGCCGCUGCAGCAGUUAUAAGCAGGGAAAUGCCAGUAGAGCUUCUACGUGCCAGCCUCCCCCAUACUAAUGAGGAUCAGCGCAAGCAGUUACUCAGUUUCGCUCAGCGCACUGUGCCUGUCGGCAGCCAUAUCUCAUGUUCUGGUAGUGGACCCAUGACAUCAGAGUCUGUCCCAAGCUGAGAUAGUCAGAAGAACUAAGAGGAAGCAUCAAGUUCCUGUUUUGGUACACUAUAUACUUGAUAAAAUGGCUCUUUAAGAGGUUUGUUAUGCUUUUCCUGAAAGGUUAAUGUUGUGAUUAGUAACAUGAAUGAUGAAUCUCAAGAAACAAGAUUUAAGAGGGCUGGAGCAUCAAUGAACAUGUCUGCCUUGAUUAUGUUUGUAGGGAUGCCAGAUGUUUUGCAUGUAUUAUGCAACCAGAUAUGUUUUGUCACUGGGAAAUGUUUUCUCUGGGUCUGUUGCUCUUAAGGAGGAAACCCCAGGCGGUCUGUAGCUGUUACUUGGAGACACUGUUUAAUUGUUCCUCAAGGUGAUAUAUCAGCGAGUAUUUGUCUUGCUUUUUUCUGUAGUUCUGUCGGCCUCAAGACGUGGAAGUUGUGAUGGCCACAACACGUCCUUAAGUUACUGAAGUCAUUUUGGUUCGUCAGGAACAGUGCUGAUUCUAUGAAGUUUGUAAAAUGCUAAUAUGUUUUUGGACCGCCUUCGCUUCUCGGGAACCUCAUUAGAAUCGAUGCUGUGUUUUUCUA